UCGAGCUGUGCACUUCGUGAAACGGAUUGUGAAACGCGCUCGAAUCGAGCGAGUGAGAAAGCGCGAGUGUGUGCGACAGAGAGGCAGCGAAAAUCUGUGCAUUUACGAGAAAUCGAUAACAGCAGCUGUAGUGGCGAAAGAAGAGGAGGAAGCAGAGCAAUCGAAAGCGCGUGUGUGUUUGUGUAGGUGUCGGCAACUGUAAAUGGAAAAUUGAAAAAGAAAAUGCUCCAGAGAAGAAGUCUUCUACUAACAACGCAAUUGCUUUAAGUAGGACCCCAAGGAAGAGGCUAUUAAGUGUUAGGAUUGGGAAAUAGGCAGGACCAUGCACCUGCAAAUCACGCACAAAUCUGAGGAGUCGAGGGAGCCACACUCCAAAAUGGAUUCCGCAUCUCCGGCAUCGCGGGAUGUCCGGCAGUUCCACGAUCAGAUAACCUGUCGACUUUGUCACGGUUACAUGAUCGAUCCAACCGUGGUGGAUUUUUGCUACCAUACCUAUUGUCGCAGUUGCAUAUUGAAGCACCUGUUCCGAUCGGUCUACUGUCCGGAUUGCAAAGCCAGCGGCGGCAAAGAAAUCAAUGAGCUAAAUCUAAAAUCGGAUGAUACGUUAAGAUCUCUGAUCUAUAAAAUGGUGCCGGGUCUCUAUCAAAGGGAGUGCAAAGAACUCUCGGAUUUCGAGAGGUUCGAGGAUCUGGUGGACGAACAAACAACUCGGGAACAGGAGUUCUUCACCAACACGGAACUUGUGAGCUUAUCCCUGGAAUACCAUCCCGCCAUGUUGCACCAAUGCGGACCCGGCGAGGUGCCACCCAAAAUUUACCUGCAAUGUGUCGCCGGUUUGCGAGUGGAGUUACUGAAACGCUUCCUUUGCUCCAAGUACAAUAUUGAGCCGGAAAAUAAACUGGUUGAGGUGGAGGUGACCUACGAGGACGAGGUUUUGCCCUCCAGCUUUACGCUGAUGGACGUGGGCUAUUGCUACAACUGGAGUCGGCAAUCGCCCAUGGCCUUCUGCUACCGGAUUCUGCUCUACGAGAGCGAGCGAGCAAAAAACGACGAGAACAACCUGUCCAGGAUUAACCAGGACCAGGACAUUGAACCGGAGCACCCGGUGCGUCGCUACAAGUCCGCCAAAUCGGUGACAUUCGCCGAUGACCUGGAAUCGGAAAUGGACUCCACUUCGCCGCGUUCCAAGGUGCGAAGUAAGAGCUCGCCAAAGGUUUCGCCAUCCUCCAAAAACAAAAGGGUUUCCUCGAGUAAACGGGAACCGGAACCCGAAAGUCCGGUGAGCAGUUUCAAAAGUUUGCGGAGCAACGAUAUGCGGUACAGUGACUACGCCGUUUCCAAGGUGAAAAGUGAACCCGAACUGGAGCAGGAUCCUCUGCCCCGGGACGUGCCACUGGAGGCCAACACGAACAUCGUGGUCAGCAUUCCGCCCUCGCAGCUGGGAAAGUCCUACGAUGAUGCCGAGGACUUCGAGUUGAAGACGGCGAAUCGAAAGGGCGUGGGUCAUUUGCCCAAGCUGAAGAUCGAGUUGAACAGCAUGAAGAGCAAGUUGAGUAUGCCUUUGUCGGCGGGUCCGCGACUGGAGGACACCUCUUCCUCCUCCUCCUCCUCUGUGCAUCAACUUGACCUGGAGACGUAUGCCAAGAACAUUGGCUUGAAGCCCAUUGAGCAGCCAGUGGUGCAAGGUGCUAUCAAUCCGGAUAGCAAGUACAGUCCCAAUGCCUCGCCCAUGUCCUCGUGUUCCAGCUCCACGAAUGGUUCGAGUGGCAGCCUGGGCACCGCGGAUGCCAGCACCUCCACUUCCAGUUCCAGUUCCCAUCGCAAGCGGAAGAAGAAGCACUCCAAGGAGCCGAAGGAUGCGAAUGGCAAGCGGAAGAAGCUGCACGCGGAGAUUUCCUCGCAAACGGACGGCAAGAUGAAGAUGAAAAUCACCGCCAAGCCAAACCACAAGUUGGACUUCAAGCGAUCGCAUUCGCUGGCCGGUGGAGAGUUGGCCUUGCAACAGCUGAAGCUGGAUGGUGGCAACUCCACUGCGGAGGCACUGAAUCGCACUUUGGGCGAGGAGGCGCGAAGCAUCAGUAGCUUGGUGGUUGGAGCAGCUCCUACGCCCCCUCCAACGCCCACAACGGAGGCAGUGGAUCAGCAGCAGCAGCAGCAGCAGGGGGUGUUGCCCAAAAUCAAGGACAUAAAUCUGCCCACUUCGCCACCGCUGCCGCCCAGUUUAUUCAAGGCCUUCACGCCCAGCUCCACGCCCAGUGUGCCGCAAAGUGUGGCAGUAAAACCGAAGCCAUCAAAUCCGCAGCCACAGCAACACCAGACUGUUGCACAGUCGAACCUGGCUAAGAGCAACCCCGUGAAGCCGCCGCUGAGCAGCAACAACAAUCGCAAGCCGACGACGACGCCCGGUGGACACUUUGUGGUGCCACAGGCGCCGAGCAACCGGAACAUGUACCACAUGCAGCGCUACCUUUCCACGCCGAGCUCCAUUGCCAGUGCGGCCAACAAGCAGCCGAAGCGAUCUCUGUCCCUGGACGAACCGCAUCCGCAGGCCAAGCAGGCGCGCUUUGGCCAGGCCCAAGCGAUGGCCAGCUACCCGGCCAAGAUGCAAAUGCAGGCCAAAACGCAGGCGGCCAGCUUCCUGCCCAAUCCCCAGAUGAGAUCCUACGGACCCGAGAUGGCCAACAAGUUGCCUCUAUUGUGCCCGGCCAACUUGAGUUUGGCUUUACCCAACUCCUCCCAGGUGACCAUUACUCCUCGCCCGAGAAGCACUUCCUCGGGAUUCAGUUAUCCGGAGCCAAGUGCCCAUCUGCCCGCCUUGGAAAUUGUGCGAUUGGCGGGGAAGCAGGCCAGUAAAAGCCUGACGAUGCCGCCUCUCAGUCCGCCAGCUUCGUCGGGCAGUCGGCUGAUGGGACCACCGGUGGCUCUGCCCAAGCAAGCGGGACACUCGGGCCUGAAGAGGAGCACCCCCCAGUCGCCGCCCAUGCCGCUGCCGCUGCCGCUGCCCAUGCCGAUGACCACGAUCCCGGCGAUUGUCAAGUCGCCGCCACUGUCAGUGGCACUUAGCGUCCAAAGGGGCCACAAGAAUCCCGGCUUGGGUUGCGGCUCCAACAACUCGAGUACUUAUCGCACAUCGCCGCCUGCAUUAAUAAAUCUGCGCAACAACAACAACAACAAUACAUCAGCAUUUCCAUCAAAGGUAAGCUCGAAGAUGGAAGCCAAUUCGAAGAAAUCCCCGCCAGCUGGUGGCCAAAGCAAAGCCAAUGGCACUGCCGCAUCGAAAACGAGUUUGCGCGAGUUUCGGCCAGCAAUCCAAGUUCCAGCGACAACAACAACAACAACAACAGCAGCAGCAGCAGCAACAACAACAACGGGCGGCAGUGUUUUGGCCAAGGAUGCCGACAUACUUGAUUUAUCAGCUAACCCAGGAAGGAAUAGUACCGCCAAAUUGGCGCCCACAUCACCGCCAACGGGUAAUAAUAACAACAACAACAACAGCAACAACAAUAACAACAACAACAACAAUACGAGCAACAGCCUGGAGGCAGCGUUGAAUAAAAUCAAACAGAAUAUAUCGGCCAACAGCAAUGGUGGACCAUCGAGCACCUCGGGCGGCAAUAAUGCCAAUAGUGCCAAUGGCAAUUCCAACGGCGAUGAUCUGCAGAAUCUGCAUAUGCUAUCCGAAUCGGCCAAUGCAAGGGAGAAAAUCUCUAUAAAAGCCGCCAGCAGCAGCAGCAGCAGCAGCAAUAUUGGCAGCAACAACACCACCAACAAACCGAAAAGUGCCAAUGCCUUGGUAAGACCCCAAAAUGCUUCAGUUAGGAGCAUUCCCAAUCCCUCGGCUUUGGCUUUUCGCAAUCAGCCAACAGCGGCGAGCAUUGGCAAGCCUUUGACCGUUCGCGCCGAGGAAAAGCCAAAGAUUUCCACCAGCAAUUCGGGGCAUCUCAGCCCAACAAGCAGCAGCGGCAGCGGCAGCAGCACAAGUGGCCAAAAUAGCUCGAGUGGCAGCAGUUCGGGAUGCAGUGCAGCCACCUCGCCACGGGCAAUGACCAAGAAGCCCACGACCAUCGAUCAGGUUGCGGCCAAUCUGAAUAUUCGAGCCGAGGCCAAGGCGGCUGCCCUCGCCGAGGAGGCGCCACCAGUGCUCAGCUGCAAUGCGGCCAAGUCGCCGGAGUUGGCCAAGACCACCGCCACAGCCGUUAGCUCGAGGACGGAGCCCAAGGAGACGGCCAUCACCGUUUCGGCGGCCAGCACCCUGCUGCCAAUGCCCUCCAGUGUUUCCAGUGUUUCCAGCGUUUCCAGUGUCCCCGGAGUCCCCGAGUCGAUGGCCAAGCAGCCCGUGCAGAUUGCCAACGCUCCGGUGGCGAGUUCCGCUUAGUCACAAGCGUUUCUUUGGCUGUGCGGAACGCAAAUGUAUCUCGUGGCGCCGCUGGAGAAUCUACAGAAUACGGACAGCAACUGAGCUGAUGAAAAAAGUAACAAAAAACAGCAACACCUGCAGCACAAGUUUUCCAACCUCGCUCCCGAAGAAAAGUGCAAUUUAAUUAACCAGUAGAAUGAUCGUAAGCCUUAGAACUAACCCGAAAUACACUCAAAGCUAAGCAAUAUCUACACACUCCAACGGAAUGUAUCUGUUGGAUAGGGAACCGCAUCAUUUGCAUAUUUGUGUGCAAACAUUUGCAAUCGAAUUAGUACGCGACUAAAUAAAUAAUCCAAGCAAAUUUCAAAAAUGCCAGCAACAAAAUUCAUAAAUUAAUAAACCGAGAGAAGAAGAGAGAGAGAGCAAGAGGGAGAGCGAGAGAGAGAGAGAGAGGCGAGGAGGAGAAUAAUAAUCAAAAGCGCUGGCAUUUUCGAAAGCAGGCGAAGGCAACAACAAAAUUAAUUAUAAAAUAUCAACAGCAAAUAUGUGUUAAACCGAGAUAAGGUCACACACACACACACAAACACAACCACAUGCCUUUAAUAGAUAGAUCUUCGGUUGGGUUUUGGCUUUUUUUGGGGAAAGUCCAAAUCGAAAUCAAACAAAACACAUUAUUAAAUAGCAAAAUUAUUUUCAAACGGGCGAUAGUAAAACUCUUUUCUGAAGAAAAAAAAAAAAGAAGAAGAAAAAACCACAAAUUGAUAGGAGGACGGAAAUCGCAUCAGGAAUAUUUGAUUACACAUUGAGUGCCGAAAGUGUUUGGCCCACACCCUUCGGAAAAACUGCCACGAAGUGUGAAAAUUCGGUGGUGUCGGCGGUGGCGGCUAGAUUGUUCGUAGCACACUCGCACAUAGCGAAAGAUACAGCCCGAUGCCCGAUGCCCGAUACCCGAUACACACUCACGUUCCUCAUCGGGGCGAUAAAAAUUUAACGAUUUUGCGCCGCUUUGAGCGAGCGUGUCAGGCAUAAAGAUACAAAACAAUACUUGGGCAUAUAUAAUAAACAAAAGCAAACAAAACCGAAUAAUGAAAAUAACAAACUCGCACUGGCACACAUGCGUAUAUUUAUAUACAUAUACCCAAAUAUACAUAUAUAUAUCUUGUAGAUACUUUUUCGUAUUAGUUGUUUAAGCGAGUUACGUUUAAUUGCAGCACGAACUUUGUACAUAAAUUUAAAAAUCGAAGCCAGCAAAAACAACAAAAAAAAAAGAAACAAAAAACAAACCAGCACCCAGCAACUUGGAAAUGAAUUUUAAUUUUUAGAGCUUCGACCAAAUGAAUUACUAUAUAUACACAUGCAUUAUACAGAUAUUGAUAUAUGUACUCCUUCCUAUAUUUACGAUAUUCGUACACUCGAACAAGGCUUUAGGUUUUCGUACUCUUAUCCUCUUUUCCUAGCUGAUAUUUUUUGUUUUGUUAUUUAUAUAUCGUCUGUACAUAUUUUAAGCGAAGAAAGAAUUAAAAAGUUUAUAAGGGAGGAAAGGGAAACACUAAAUUGUAUGAGUUUCUUGUAGGAAUAGCUGAAUUUCGGAAUAUGGUGGUAGAGCCACCCUUAAUUUUUCCGUAUCUAUUUGCAACCCCCUGGAAAUUUUCGCAGCAUCCCUUGUGAUCGCCGCGAAAUUAACAUAAUUUCCAGGCAAUCAAACAAAUUGAAAGAACUCGGAUCGACAUCCAGCUAUUCCAAACACUCUUUGGCUCGACUCCUGAUUGUUGUAUAUUUAUUUAUUCCUAUUAUUGCGAUAUAUACGAGAUAUAUCUAGUUGUAUAUGUGAAGGCUUUGAUCGGAUCGCUCGACUUAUUUAAGCGGAUAUUGUACUGUUCGGCACCUUAACUAAAUAAACCUAUGAAUACUUAAAUAUAAAGCAUAUAUGUUUAGAAAUCUGAUUGUAUGCACAUCUGUAUGUAAUAUUGUUAGAAAAAAAACCCUCGAAAUGUAAUCCAAAACAAACACACACACACACAAACACAACCCUCACACACUAAGUUAAAUUAGCUGAUUUUCGAAAACAAUAAAAACAUGAAAAUGGAACACAGUGUAUAACAAA